GCUAGGCCGCUGCUCACAGUCCCAUCCAUGCCUCUCGUCACGUCACCACCUCAACUGUAAAUUGAAAAUGAAGUGGAGCGCCGUGGAGAAAACGAGGUCCAACGAUGGAGAGAACGCGGCAGCAUAAAUUCCAGCCGAGCAAUCUCUCGGUUUCUCACUCUCUUUCUCUCUCUCUCUCUCUCAGCAUUAAUGGUGGGGGGUUGCCUGGGUAGCCAAGGUAAGUUGCUUGCCUCGCUCGGCUGCGCUGGAGGAGAGGAGUCGCGGGCAUAUGCUUGCAUCCAUCUCGGAGUUGAAGAGAGGAAAACCAACUAGGUACUAGUGGAGAGGAGAUGGGGGAGGGGAACGGGACGGCGUGGGCGGGGGCGCUGUCGCCGGCGGCGCGGUACGCGGAGACGGGAGGGGCGAGCUUGACAUGGGAGAACCUAACGGCCGUGCUGCCUGGGUCCGGCGGCCGGCCAACCAAGAAGCUAUUGCAAGGGCUGUUCGGCUAUGCCGUGCCCGGCAGGAUCGUAGCCAUCAUGGGGCCCUCCGGCUCCGGCAAGUCCACCCUCCUCGACUCCCUCUCCGGGAGGCUGGCCAGGAAUGUGCUCCAGACCGGCAAGGUGCUGCUCAAUGGCAAGAAGAGGCGGCUCGACUUUGGCGCGGUGGCGUACGUGACACAGGAGAACGUUCUGCUGGGCACGCUGACCGUCCGGGAGACGGUCACCUACUCGGCGCAGCUGCGGCUGCCGUCGAGCAUGUCAAAGGCUGAGGUGCGCCGAGUCGUCGACGAUACACUGGAUGAGAUGGGCCUACGGGAGUGCGCUGACCGUCCCGUCGGCACAUGGCACCUCCGGGGCAUUAGUGGCGGCGAGAAGAAGCGACUGUGCAUCGCACUGGAGAUCCUCACCCGGCCGCGCCUCCUAUUCCUCGACGAGCCCACCAGCGGCCUCGACAGCGCCUCCGCCUUCUCUGUCAUUGAGACGCUGCGCACACUUGCCAUCGACGGUGGACGCACCAUCGUCUCGUCGGUGCACCAGCCGAGCAGCGAGGUGUUCGCACUCUUCGAUGAUCUCUGCCUCCUCUCCAGCGGCGAGAGUGUCUACUUUGGAGACGCUAAGCUUGCACCGCAGUUCUUUGCAGAAACCGGAUUCCCCUGCCCCAGCCGGAGGAACCCAUCCGACCACUUUCUCCGGUGCGUCAAUUCUGACUUCGACGAUGUCGCCACGGCCAUGAAAGGAUCCAUGAAGCUCCGAGCAGAGGCAGAUCUUGAUCCCCUGCUGAAGUACUCAACUUCAGAGAUCAGAGAGAGGCUCGUGGAUAAGUACCGGAUCUCAGACUAUGCCAUGAUGGUUAGGAACACUAUAAACGAGAUAAGCAAAAUAGAGGGUGUGCUGGAGGAGGCAGUGAAGGGCAGCCAAGCGACCUGGUGCAAACAGCUGCGCACGUUGACCAAGCGCUCCUACAUCAACAUGUACCGUGACUUCGGCUACUACAGGCUGCGCAUCAUCAUCUACGUCCUGAUGGCCAUCUGCCUCGGCACCAUCUACUACGACGUCGGCAACAGCUACACUGCAAUCCAGGCGCGUGCCUCGUGCGGUGGUUUCGUCUCCGGCUUCAUGACAUUCAUGUCCAUCGGCGGCUUCCCCUCCUUCAUUGAGGAGAUGAAGGUCUUCUCCCUCGAGCGGCAGAACGGCCACUACGGCGUCGCCGCCUACAUCAUAUCCAACUUCCUCUCCUCCAUGCCGUUCCUGUUGACCAUGUCCUGGGCCAGCGCCUCCAUUACAUACUGGAUGGUUAAGUUCCGACCAGGAUUCAGCUACUUCGCCUUCUUCGCCCUUAACCUCUAUGGUGGCGUCUCUGUCAUCGAGAGCCUCAUGAUGAUCAUCUCGGCCCUUGUGCCCAACUUCCUCAUGGGCCUCAUCCUUGGCGCUGGCGUCAUUGGGAUCAUGAUGUUGACGUCUGGAUUCUUCCGGCUUCUCCCGGAACUUCCCAAGAUAUUCUGGAAAUACCCAGUGUCCUACAUUGUCUACGGCUCUUGGGGUUUGAAGGGUGCAUACAAGAACGACCUGCUGGGGCUGGAGUUCGAGCCGAUGACGCCGGGAGGCGACAAGCUGACCGGCGAGUUCAUCAUCACCAACAUGAUGGGGCUGAGCGUCAGCUACUCCAAGUGGCUAGACCUAGCCAUGAUCUUCAUCCUCCUACUCGCCUACCGCGUCACCUUCUUCUUCGUCCUCAAGGUCAAGGAGGCCGCCGCGCCCUACAUCCGCGUGGCCUACACGCGGUUCACCGUGAAGCGCCUUGAGCGGCGGGCGUCCUUCAGGGAGUCGCUGGCCAUGACGUCCUUGUCGAAGCGGCACAACACGCCGCACCCCAUGGCCAUGCAGGAGGGGCUCAACUCCCCCAUACAGCAGUAUUGACUGGUCAAUGUCAAUGAGUGCGAGGAGCAGCCGCCCCGGCAUGCAGAUGAGUUGAUCAUUACUACCACAGCAAGAUGAUAGCCGUCCGUGACAUGCGUGUGUCACUAUUACUUGUGUAUGCGUUUCCACUUGUUAGUUUUGCUUGCAGGUCUGCAGCUUCGCGAGGUUCAUAAACAUACGGAUAGUGCAUUCUUUAAAAGUUUGGUUUUACUGUAAGAAGUCGCUGCAACCAAUACAGAUACGAGAUUAUAUUACGCCUCAUUGUUUC